GCUCUGCUUGCGAUUUCUCGAGACGGCCACGAUGUCUGCUUGGAAGCACGGCAGCGACGGCCAGGGAAUCCUCUCUCGGGUCUCUAGCUCGAUUGCGAACUCGCCGGUGGUGUACCGCAGCAAGAAGGCGGCAGGGGAAGCGGCGACGGUGGGGAAGAAGCUUCUCUGGAGCACGGGCCGCGCUGCGUGGAUCGCUGGCACGACUUUCCUAGUCCUCAUCGUUCCGCUCAUCAUCGAGAUGGAUCGCGAGCAACAGCUGAACGAGCUCGAGCUCCAACAGGCCAGCAUCCUUGGCACCCCGCCACCCAAGUGAUCGCGGAUCAGUUGAUCCAAAGGUCUGCAACACUUCCCCCCCCUAUUUCUAGGGCUUUGGUUUCGUGGCGUUCCGUGAAGAUUUAGGGUUUUGUGUUUGCUUUGCGGUGACUUUGGUUCUGAAGUGAAUUUUCCUACUCUUAGUUAUUAUGAAUGUUUUCUGGAAUAUUUAGUGAUUUCCAGGAUUUAUAUAAAUUUUUAUGAUAAUUUUUAGAUUAUGGUUUUGUUUA